UAGAGGUGAAAAGGCGGCAGCCUGGUGUUCCCAGCAACAGUGUGGGAGUUUGACCGUGGGUUACUCUACAGGACAGCAGGCCUGAUGGUGGCACAUGGGCUACAUCUGCCUGAAAGGGAAAAAGGCUCUUGGCUCCAGAGUUAGCAGGGCUCCUUGAGAGAGCUUUAAGUAGCAUUGGAAGUGAUAAAGGGAGUAAACCAGGCUGACGGGGGAGAUGCGUCAGCACUGCACAGCCAUGUUUGCGUGACAGUGGAGGAUGGAAGCAGUGCUGCCAUCAAAGGUCAUGAAAGUGUAGCAGAAGUCAUGGGAAAAGCAGGUUUUUGCCACAAUUCUUUCAGACAAAAAUACUACCAAAGAAACACUCUUGAAUUUGGGCUUUUUACAGCAGCCUUCAUCCAGGUCUUCUUCUAGGGAAUUUCUGAGGAAUAAGACAUGAGUGCCUCUGCAUUCCCAUGCACAAUGCUGCCUCCAAAAUACUCCAGCCCUUCUCCAUUUGGCUCCUUCCAUUCCUGUGCAGAAUAAGGAAAUUCAGUAGAGGGGAGGUGCAGGAAUUCACAGGCAACGUGGGUGUACAUUGGGGCCUUCACAGCCAUCACUUUGUUCUGAGGUCACAGAGCUCUGUUUGAUGUCAGGUUCCAGAGCCCCACUGUGCUCUUCAGUGCUCGCUCUGGGCAACACUGCAGCAGCAGCAGCAGCAGCAGCAGCAGCAGCAGCAGCAGCAGCAGCAGAGUGUUGCUAGCAGGGGGGAUCAUGGUCCUGAGCCGCUACCUCCUGCUGCUCUUUCUCGUGGCCCUGCCAGCCCAGAAUGCCCAGAGUGCUCCAGCAGCUGGGCAGGGAGCAGUUGUGGACACAGAGAGUGCUCUUUCAGCCCCUGAGCGAGGGACAGAUACCGUGCUGACUCCGAGCUGGUACCUCAAGCGGAUGAACGAUGACAAGGUUCCUGAAGAGUUCCCUGAAGGAUUGCCGGAUGUUCCAGAGGAGCUCCUGGCAGCCUUGCAUGAAGCCCCAUCUGAGACAGAUUCUGAGACUGUGCCGGAGACCUUAGCUGUGGAAGAAAGUGACAUUGUGCCAGGCUCACAUGAAAAAAGAGAACCAAUAGAGGACACCAGGACACUUGCUGAGCCUGAGGAAUAUUCAGGGUCAUCCGGUGGGCAAAAAGCCGAGACUGCUGGACACUGUGACCCGAGCAAGUACUACAUCCUAGUAGGGACAGUAGCAGCCUCAGCUUUGCUUCUGCUUGGGGCAGUGUCUGGCUAUCUAGUCAUGCAUCAGCUGCUGAAGAGAGACAGGAGGAGCCAGGAGGACAAAGAGGCAACAGGACAGGACUGGGACUCUUCCUGGGAAAGCUGUGGUCAGCCUAGAGGUGAAGCAGAGUCAGGAGAAGGAGCCGGAAGCUGCGAGAGAGCCCAAGGCAACGGGUUCAGGGACAGCUGCCGCCUGUUUCCUGAGCUCUUUGCAGCAGAGCUCGCCCAGUUGUACAAGAACAUGAGCGCAGACCCGUCACCUCUGCCCACCUGCUCCUUCUGUGCUCUGGCUGACAAUGCCUCUUCACAGGACCACUGGAUUUCCCUGGAGUCACCUCAGCCCACAGCAUCCUCUUGCCCCUCCUACCAAUACCAGCAGGACUACUAUCUCUUAGAGGAUGAUGAUUAGUGAUAGUGAUAGAUGAUUAGUGAUAGUGAUAGCCAUAAAUAGUGAUAGUGGUAGUGAUUCUUUUAGUGAUAGUGAUAGGGACACUUGAUAUUAGAGGGUGGUGGUUGUUUUAAUGAUAGUGAUAGUUAAUAUUAGAGGAUAGUGAUGGUUUUAAUGAUAGCGUUAUUUGAUAUUAGGGGAUAGUGAUUGUAUUAGCGAUAGUGAUAGUUAAUAUUGGAGGAUGGUGAUUGUUUUUGUGAUAGUGGUACAUUUAGUGAUAGUGAUACUUGGUAUUAGCAGAUAAUGAUUGUUUUCUUGAUCUUGAUAAAUAAAUAUUUUUCCAAAAGCAGUAAAUUCUUGCCUGGUGCGGCUGUUUCUGUUGGGGCAGAAUGCACAGAGCUGGGAGCAGGGCUGGGGCUGUGACAGGAGCUCUGAGAAGCUUGCACUGCAGUGCAGGAGCUGCUUGUGCCACCUCAGCCUGCUUUCCCAGCAGUGGCCGUUCACAAAGCUUUCCUGCACCAGCACGGGGACACGCUGGCUAGCAGUGACAUGCAGAAACUUCUCUGGGAGCUCAUUUGGGAUGCUGCCCUGAAUCAGGAAGGUCUGGGCAGAGAGGGAAAGAUGUUCUGCGAGGGAUGGCUGUCCAGCAGUGAGCACAUCAAGGAGACCUGAGGUGGUGACUUAGGUCGUGGCAGUCCCUCCCUGAAGAGCUUCAAGAGAGGAGCAUCAAGGAGCGGAAAGCUGGAGCCGGGCUGUGUGAGAGGGGAAGGAAUGUCCUAUCA